UGGGCCGCGGAGGCGCGGGGCCGCGGAGGCGCGGCGGUCGGUGCUUGCGGUGGCCAUGCGCGGGUCGCUGGGGCUGCUGCUGGGGCUGCUGCUGGGGCUGCCGCCGGGGCUGCCGUGCGGGGCUCGGGGCGGGGCGGGGCCGCUGCCCCCGCGGGAGGAGGCGGCUCGCGUGGCGCGCUGGGUGGCGCACGGCUGCGACUGGGGCGCCCUGGCCACCAUCUCCACGGUGGCCGAGGUCCGCGGCCGCCCCUUCGCCAACGUCUUCUCGCUGAGCGACGGCCCGGCCGGCCCCGCCCGCGGCACCGGCGUCCCCUACUUCUACUUCAGCCCCCUGCAGCUCUCCGUCGGGGACCUGCAGGAGAAUCCAAAUGCCACUCUGACGAUGUCUCUAGCCCAGACGCAUUUCUGUAAGAAACAUGGGUAUGACCCUCAGAGUCCUCUCUGUGUCCAUAUAAUGCUCUCAGGGAUUAUUGAAAAGGUCAAUAGUACGGAAGCGGACUUCGCCAAGCACUCGCUCUUCAGCCGCCACCCCGAGAUGGAAACUUGGCCUUCGAGCCAUAAGUGGUUCAUUGCCAAGUUGAACAUCACCAACAUCUGGGUCCUGGAUUACUUCGGCGGCGCCAAAAGAGUGACACCGGAAGAAUAUUUCGCGGUCAGACCCGAGUGAAAAGUUUGGUGACUGAGACUGCGUGAAGAUUCUCUGGAUGGGAGCGUUUAAGGCCCUUAAAGCUUCUCCAUGCGCAGUUUUAAAAAGAAGAGCUUAUAUUCACUUGCUGGAUUUCCUAAAAAAAGAGAGAUGUGCAAUCUCCACGCGUGAAAUUAUUUUUCAAUCACAGUCCAACCUUGGCCUCGGAGGAAGCCCUUUGCAGAUUUUCCCUCCGCUUUCUCUGAUUUUCAGCCUUGUAAGUAGCAGAACUGGGAUUAGACAGAAGGCAGAAAUGUAAACUGGAGUUGUUCGUUGUUCUCCGACGCCAGAAGGCGGGGUUCUAAGAGCCAGGGCGAAAAGGAUUUCAUCUGGCAGGAGGCUCGAGUGCCCCGAAAUGCUGCAGAAUGACAGAAAACAUUCGUUUCAGUCGGUCGAGAACGCUUGCUGUGCAUUUAUUGAACGCUUAGUGAGCCGAGGGUACGAGCGCUGUACUAAAUGCCGACGGAGCCCAAAUCCAUUUAUGCAUAAAGACGGUGGGUGUUAGUUUGCGAUGACGAAACCGAGAUCUUGGAAGAAGCCGUUAUGUCGUUAAUCUCCUAAAUGCUCAAACCUCAAGGACUUUCAAAUCUAUGGAAUUUCCCCCAUUUGGGACUUUCAACUCUGCCUUAAUUUUACACCCUGCUGAAAACAAGUUGGUUUUCUUUUCUUGAAAAAUCUUGAUAGGUUUUGUUUGCCUCGUGUGAGACUAGCUCCAUUCGGAAUAAUUCCCAAGUUGUUUGUCCAAGAACUGAGUGAUUUGGAGGGAAAUUCUGCCUCUGAAGUGGAAUUUAAAGCAGUGGGAAGGGAAGACCUCCUAGAUUCAAUUCACAGCUUUGAGAUACAGACCUUACACUCUCAGCCUCUUUGAAGACAUAAAGGAGGAAUGUGAAUAUCGAUCUAUCGAUAAAGCACUUUUGGAGAUUCACAGGUGGAAGGAGUUGGAGAAAUCCAUCCGGAAAGCACAGAAUCUCUUGAGGAAAGAAAAGUCUACAGAGAGCCGUGCAGUGCGGCAUCAGGCCGCCGAAUUCUUCAACUGCAGAGGAAAAAUGCCUCAUCGAAUGUCUUCAGGAGCUAUAAAACUGAAUUACUAAUCUCUUGCAAUCUUUCCUUCCGCUUGAGGGGAAUGUCCCUACAUUUUCUCUGAAAUUUGAUUAUGUGAAAUUGAUUUCUCUGGCCAAGCAAUAAUUAAAAUCUGUAUUUUCAUGGAAAUGUA